AUGGCAGGAAAUAGAGCAGACGAAAUCGGUCUAGAGCUAUCUCUCUCACAAAGAGAUAACGACAAUACUUCAUUGGACGAUAAUCUCACUUCCCGCGAUAUUGAGCAAGCUCAUUCAAGCCAAAAUGAAGGAAGGAACACAUCGAAAAGCACUGUCACAGGGCCACAGUUUCAAAAUCUGACAAAUGUACAAACGAAUUUGACUACAUUGUCAAAUAAGCCUUAUUCCGUUUUCUCGCCUGGUCAGAAAUGGUUCAUAGUAAUCUUCAGUUCUUUGGGAGCUAUCUUCUCACCCAUCUCCAUGAACAUCUACGCUCCCGCUAUCCCUUCAUUGGCAAAGGCAUUUGAUACAACGAUUGAGAAAAUCAAUUUGACGGUCACUAUAUACCUUGUCUUCCAAGCUAUAACACCAACGAUAUGGGGUUCUGCAGGUGAUUGUUAUGGUCGCCGACCAGUAUUCAUCGUUUUACUUCUGGUUUACAUGUCAUCAAGUAUCGGUUCGGCAUUGUGCCCAACCUCUGCAUAUUGGCUCUUGAUGGUCAUGAGAGCCUUACAAGCAACCGGUGGAUCCGCUCUAAUUGCUGUAGGAGUUGGCGUUGUUUCGGAUAUUGCUAUGCCUCAAGAAAGAGGUGUAUAUAUAGGUGUAUUUAAUCUAGGUACAACUGUCGGUCCAGCACUCGGACCAUUAUUGGGAGGUAUUUUCGCUUAUACACUCGGAUGGAGAUCUAUUUUCUGGUUUCUUUGCAUCUUCUGCGGAUGUGUCGUGAUACCGAUGAUCUUCUUUUUCCCCGAGACGCUCCGUGCACUUGUCGGUGACGGUUCACUACCGCCACCUUUACUUAACUGUACCCCAGCGGCGUUGUUGAGGCGAAAACGAGAAUUGAAGCGAUUGCAGGAGAAUGGAGAAAUUCCCCAAGAAAUGGUCUCUGAACGUGCCAGGUUCAAACCUUGGGCUUCUAUCGUAUUGGUCAUUGAGCCUGAAAUAGCUCUGAUGUUCACUUGGGCAUCGCUAUACUAUGCUUUGUGGUAUGCUAUACUAACGGUAUUUACAACAUUUCUGGAGAAUGAAUAUCACGUCAACGAAGUUGUCAUUGGUCUAUGUUAUCUUCCUGGUGGUGUUGGAGCAGGGGUUUCCGGAUUUUUCACCGGUAAAAUAAUGGAUUUCUUUUAUAGAAGAGAGAAAAGACGAGUAGGGGGGGAUCAUCGACAGAAUCCUGACGAGUUUAGAUUGGAAAGAGUCAGAUUUAUCAUCUUACCAUUUCAAGUUGGUACCAUUUUAUGUGCAAUCUUAGGUCUGGCUUGGGGCGUAGAAGCUCAUACUCACAUUGCUGUUUUAAUCGUCAUGAAUUUCUUCAUCGGAAUGGGCACAGGUUAUCUCACUACAGCGACGAUCUACAGUAUUGAUCUAUUCCCAGGUAAAGGCGGUGCUGUUACAGCGACAUUCAAUCUCAUACGAUGUGCGAUGGGAGCAAUUAGCACUUCGACUGUCCAACUAAUUGUUAAUCGAAUGGGUGCUGGCUGGACUUUUGUCCUCAUUGGUACUAUAUGUCUUGCAGCCACUCCCAUACCUUUCAUCGUGAUCAAGUUUGGUCCCGGCUGGAGAAAAGCAAGGAGGGAGAAGAUCGAGAGAAAGAGCGAAAGACCAAGUAUAAGUACGGAAGAUCAUACGAAGUAA